AUGAUUUCUACGAGGGCUGCGAAGCACAUUGUGAGGUACAACCAUACUUCUGGUCUCCUGAACACGAGAAAUCCUAACUCGCUCGACAGGGCGUGGGAGAAUGGCGAAUUUACCGGCUUUGAAUUCACUUGCGAAGGGCAUAUCAUACCUGUUCACAGGGUGAUCAUUUGCAGCCAUUCCCCAGUAUUUCACGCGGCAUGCACUGGAAAAUUGAAGGAGGCAUCUACCCGAUCAUAUAGCCUAGACUCUCAUUCCCUGUCUAUGGUACGACGGAUGGUGGAGUUCUUCUAUACUAGUGACUACACUGAAGAAUCCGAGGAAGAAGAUACAGGCACAGACACGAUUCCCGUUCUAUUGAUUCAUGCGGCAAUGUUUACCUUGGCAGACAAGUACGACAUUGAAGAGUUAAAAGUCCUCCUAGUACUACAGUCCAAAAUCAACUCUACUAGAGUUGAUUUUAUUGACCCACUUUAA